AUGGCGGAGAAAGGAACACACAGCGAAUAUGUUGGCGAGAAGAAACUGACUGAAGAUGGCAGGAAGGUCAUUGAGGAAGAGGAGGUGGAGGGUGUGAACACGCUGAUGGCAUCAAUCAUGGCUAAGCACAAGCCGGAUCCAUGGGGAAAGGGACAUUUGGCACUCUAUGCGCUUUCGACUAUCUGCUUUCUGAGCUCGACAAUGCAAGGUAGGCGAUGUUAUCUCCUUCGUCCUCGUCCUGACCAGCGUGAACUUCGAUGAAGAAAGGAAUCAAAACUCACACCAUACACGCAGGAUUCGACAGUUCUCUCAUGGGCUCCAUCAACGUCCUCGAUAACUACACAAACUACUAUCACUUGCCCAAGAAAGGUACAGCUUCAACUGGUAUCGUGUUUUCCAUCUACCAAGUUGCACAAAUGUGCGCUGCGCUUUUCGUGUGGAUUGCAGAUUGGCGAGGUCGCAAGACGUUGAUUUUCAUCGGAGCUGUCGGAGUUGUCCUAGGCACAAUUAUAACGGCUACCGCGAAGAAUCUUGAGACAUUCAUAGGAGGAAGGUUUUUGCUGGCCUUUUUUGCGACGCUUGCUUGCUCUGCGAGUCCCCUCUACCUCGUUGAGGUUGCGCCGCCACAAUAUCGAGGCACGCUUGCUGGUUUGUAUAAUACGUUUUAUUAUUUUGUAAGUAUAUUCCUUGCACUAACCAAAUUCUGAAAUCUAGAAUUGAUGUUCUAACUGCGUCAGGGGUCAAUCCUAGCGACUACUUCGGUUUAUGGCGCUCAUAAACACCUUUCCCAUAAACGUAAUACUGAUUGGCGUUUACCCCUUUGGCUACAACUGGUCUGCCCUUCCAUAGUUUCCGUUGGUAUACUCUGGUUUCCAGAAUCGCCGCGAUGGCUAGUAGGAAAGGAUAGACACGAAGAAGCGCGCGCAUUCGUCGUCAAAUACCACGCCAACGGAGAUGCAGAUCAUCCUAUCGUCAACCUUGAGAUGUCCGAAAUGAUCGAAUCACUUGAGCGUGAUCCAAUUACUGAAUGGCGAAACUUCUUUGAUAUACGAGUCUUGUUUAAGACUAAAGCAAGGAGAUAUAGGACGAUGUUGAAUUUCACAUUUGCUUGGUUUGGACAAUUCUCUGGAAAUAAGUACAGUUUUCCUUGACAAUCUGACAAGAACCCGGCUAAUUUUGAUAGUGUGGUCUCAUACUACCUCCCGUACCUACUAGCAAACCUCGGAAUCACGAGCGCCGAUACCAAACUUCUUCUGAAUAUCAUCUAUGCGCUCGUAGGUUACAUCUUCGCCACAGCCGGUGCAAGAAUGCACGAUGUGAUCGGCCGACGAAAAAUGCUUCUCGGUGCCACCGCUGGUCUUGUCUUAGCUCUGUCCAUCACAGCAGGUACAGCAGCCGGCUAUGUGAACACGGGAAGCAAGAGCUCUUCAACCACGUCCAUUGCAUUCAUCUUCAUCUUUGGAGCUAUUUUCGCAUUUGGAUUUACCUCUAUGCAACCCAUUUACCCAGCUGAGGUGAUGAGUAACGAUAUGCGAGCCAAAGGAAUGGGAACCUACAAGUUGGUAGGAGGAUGUGCAGGAUUUAUAAAUACCUUCGCGGCACCUACGGCUCUCACUAAUGUAAGCAUACUUCCCUUUUCAAUUUUCAGGCCAGAUACUUGUAACAAGACUGAUAUACUUGGCACAGAUCGGAUUUUGGUUCUACGUCUUCUUCGUCUUCUGGGACGUCUUCGAGUUUACAUUCAUGUACUUCUUCUUCGUCGAGACGAAAGGCUUGACACUCGAAGAAAUGGACGAGAUCUUCGAGUCGAAGAAUCCCCGGAAGGCGAGUACGAGUAUUAAGAGGGCGAAAGUGCAGGUCGUGGUUGAUGAGGAGGGUAAUAUCAGAGAGCAGAUCAAGACUCUGGCUUAGUCUUUAGUCUUGCUGCAAAGGGAGUGCAAAAGGGAUCUGAGCUGGGCUCAAUGAAUUGCGACGGAUUGAUAAAGAAUUGAUAUGGGCUGAAGGGGAAUUUGCUUUGCUUGCUACUGGAGAAUGCUGAUUUAUAUGUCAUUUGGAAGAUGGUAUGUUGUGAAACUUUAGGGAAAGUCCGGAGUUCUUGUUGAUCCUCUUAAUUAUUUUACAUGUCUUGCCACAGCGUAUGUAAUGUUUCGUGAAGAGGAAUUAUUGUGAUGUAACCGACUAGUAUAG